GGGAGAGAGAGAGAGAUUACCAACACGAGAGCAGGUAGAGAAUAGGGCAAGAUUCCUUCCAGCUUCAACAUCUGGGUCCCAUGACGUGUGUAGCCAUGGACAGUGGAAUAAAACCAUGCUCACAGUGAAAGCCAUCAAAGGAAUUAAAAAGGAAGUAAAUAUGAUGAAGAAUGAAGAUGCAAAUUGUAGUGUGGACAAUACGCAAGCUUCUCCCUUUUCUCACUGCCUGCAGCCACUGAGUCCUGUUACAAAGGCACACAGAACAACUCAUUUCGGUGAAGAAUUCAGACAGCAUCUUUCACAUUUCCGCUAUGGCCCUCCUCCUCUUGGAGACAUGGAAAGUUUCCAGGGGUCCUUGGAAGGAGGGUCUCGGAAACGCAAGAGCAUGCCAACAAAGAUGCCCCCUUCUAUUGCACUUGAGGGCUCCUCAUCCCCACCGCACAGACCUGAAGAUCAUAAUGAUAUAGAUUCUUCCAGUCUUCCUAUGGCCUUUCAACAACCAGCACAGCCAAAGUACAGUUCCCAGAUGAUUGAUCUCUGCAACUUUGGUUUUCAGUUCUACAGAUCUCUGGAGCCCUUCGGAGCCAAGUCCAUUAAGCAAGAACCAGUGAAACCCAAUUUGGCAUGGCCCAGUAGUCCAGCAUUCGUGCAGGCUCCUUAUCCUUAUUAUCCUAAAGUCCAUCCUGGCUUAAUGUUUCCUUUUAUCAUGCCUCCAAAUCUUCAUUUCAGGAACCCUUUUCAAAUGAAAAGGCCUCCAGAACCACCCUUCCGGAGGGCUGAAGUAAGAGAAAGUGGUGAAAAUAAACAGAAAGUAGAAAGAGUAGACGUCAACCUUCAGAUAGAUGACAGCUACUAUGUUGAUGUUGGGGGUGAACAGAAACGCUGGCAAUGCCCAAUGUGUGAGAAGUCCUAUACAUCCAAGUACAAUUUGGUUACCCACAUCUUGGGGCACAGUGGCAUUAAGCCACAUGCUUGUAAUCGAUGUGGCAAGCUUUUCAAGCAGCUGAGCCACUUGCACACUCAUAUGCUAACACACCAGGGCACAAGGCCACAUAAGUGCCAGGUGUGCCACAAGUCUUUCACUCAAACCAGUCACCUUAAGAGACACAUGAUGCAGCACAGCGACAUCAAGCCUUACAACUGCAGGAUCUGUGGAAGAGGCUUUGCUUAUCCCAGUGAGCUGAAGGCACACGAGUCUAAGCACGAGAGUGGCCGAGAGAACAUUUGUGUGGAGUGUGGUCUGGACUUCCCCACGCUGGCCCAGCUGAAGAGACACUUAACAACUCAUCGUGGCCCAAUACAGUACAAUUGCACUGAAUGUGAUAAGACCUUCCAGUACCCAAGUCAGUUGCAAAACCACAUGAUGAAGCACAAAGACAUCCGUCCAUAUAUCUGCACUGAGUGUGGCAUGGAGUUUGUGCAGCCCCACCAUCUCAAACAACACUCUCUAACUCACAAGGGUGUAAAAGAGCACAAAUGUGGAAUCUGUGGACGGGAGUUUACUCUGCUGGCCAACAUGAAGAGACAUGUCCUGAUCCACACCAAUAUCAGAGCCUAUCAGUGCCAUUUGUGCUUCAAGAGCUUUGUGCAAAAGCAGACUCUCAAGGCGCACAUGAUUGUUCACUCCGAUGUCAAACCCUUUAAGUGCAAGCUGUGUGGAAAGGAGUUUAACCGAAUGCACAAUUUAAUGGGACAUAUGCACUUACAUUCAGACAGUAAGCCCUUCAAGUGCCUCUACUGUCCCAGCAAAUUCACCUUGAAGGGGAACCUCACCAGGCAUAUGAAAGUCAAACACGGGGUCAUGGAAAGAGGAUUUCAUUCUCAAGGUUUUGGAAGAGGGAGAAUUGCUCUGUCCCAGACAAAUGUGUUGAGAAGCUUGGAACAGGAAGAGCCCUUUGAUCUUUCCCAGAAAAGCCAAGGGAAGGGGAUCUCAUUUCAUUCGGAUGGCGAGAGUGCCAAGGGAAGCUCAUGCCAAGAAGAAGAAGAAGACAACUGCUAUGAGGCAGAGCAGUACAGCCCUGGUGUGUACCAUCAUGACAGCAACAAGUUGUACGUUCCUCAAGAUCUGUCUGGCAAACCACAGUGCAUGAUGAAGGGCUUCAGAGAGUCUUACUGCAGUGAGAAGGAAGAAAUAUUAAGUGAGGAAGGACUGGAGAAGAGAGUAGGAGAUUCCAACAACCAGGAGAGCCCAGGAGAGAGAGACCUUGCAAACGACAAGGAGCACCUGAGCUUUAGAGCCUUUGAAAAAGCCAGUCUGGGGCACUCUCUCUCUGAUUACUUGUAUUUCAAGCACAGGAGCAAGAGUCUGAAAGAAUUACUGGAAAGAAAAAUGGAAAAACAGACAAUGCUUAUAGGCAUUUAAAUGGACGUUUUAAAACAGCUGGAAAAUGAGAAACAGAUAGCUUUGAGCAUGAACUGUAAUUUACCAAAGCCUGGCAUUUUUCAGUAGUCUUUACAAAUGAACAAGCCCAAACAGUAAAAAUAUAUUAAAGUAAAAAACAUACAUGAAAAGAACAAAGCAGUCCACAGAGAUCAAGAAACACAAUAGAUUUUGAACUAUAAGAUUUUUAUACUUAUCCAUUUGGUAUACAAGCAGAUGAUAGGGUGGGUACAGAAGUUUAUUUUCCUCUAUCUGGUAUCUGGGGUGGUAUAUAUUACACUCAAUUUUCUAGUUAGCAGACAGAAAAUACUUUAGUAUUUCAUUUAUUAUCUGACUAAAUAUAUUUGACCGCUUCUAAGCACAGGUCUCAAAAAAUCUGGAAAUACUAAGCAUUUCACAGCAUAAGCAAGAGAACUGUUAAAGGUGGUGCGUAUAAAAAUGCCAUCAAUCUCAGAUCACUUCAUGUACUGCUGUGACUUACAGUGAGGAAUGGGAAAAAAAUUAUGAAGAAAUGCUAACAUCUUUGUCUUGUGAGACAGUGAAGUGCAAAAGUGUAAGGCUUUGGAAGGGCUGAAAUUUUUUAUGGUCACAGAAGCUUUUGCUCUGGCAAAAGGAUUGCCUGUGUUUCGCUGUGUUUCAGUCUGUAUGGAAGCAUUCAGCAGUUCUUCAGAUGAAAUGGCAUGGACUGCGUUGACAUUUUGUUCUAAUGUCUGCUCACACCAAUACAUUUAAUGAGCAGCAGCACGUAGCAUUUGCAAGUAUUGCUGUAAUUACACAUAAGACAAAGAGAGUAAUUUCAUUGAGAAAAUGAUGUAGUUUUGCCAUUUCUCUUCCAGUUUAUCUUGGCAAGCAGAUAUGAUUUUUUAACAUACAAAGCCCAAUCAGAUUUUAUUUUGGAAGGGAUUCCAAAAAAGAGCCUUGUAAGGGUGAAGCAAUAGUUCACAAAGAAAGACAAGUUUUUUAUUUUCUCAUAUCUGAGUCAGAAUUUUUCCCUCAUUAACACAGCUUGAGUGAGCUCCUGGCCCUUCAGAAUAAUUCCACUCAUGCUGUUUUAAUGAGUCAUUCCCAGCUUUUUAUUCUGAUUCUCAUACAAUUAGAUGUUCAUAACAAAGAUGCUAGAAGCACAUUCCAUUAAGCACACUCCAUCAAUAGCAUUGUUUGGCCAGCACCUUGAAUCCUCAUCUUCAUCAUACAUCUUCAGCAUACAAGUGGCCCCAAGCCAUUCUGUUACUUAUAAGAAAAUAAAGAUUUAAUAAGUCGUUUAAUUAUUCCUAUAGCAUUUUUGGAAAUUAUAGCUCAAUAGGUAAAACUCCUCUAACUAUGGUAUUUUGUUACCAAAUAUUGCUACCUUCUUCAUUUCCCUACCAAUAUCUUAAUUUGGAAUACCUUGUUAUCAUGCUUGAUAUUUAUUAUGUAGGUAACUCCAAAAGUAAUGCCUUCCAUUUAUUUCUACGGAAACCCCAAAAGAUACAAAGAGCACAAUAACACUAUUCUACAGAAAAAAUUCUCAGUUACAAAACACUGUUUUCUGAUGUAGUCACCACCACUGGCUAUGCAUUUUUACCAGCGAUGAAUGAGAGCCUGAAUGCCACGCUUGUAACAAUCUGCACCAGUGGAGGUGACCUGCUGUUGUGUCACUACUGCUGAAACACACCACCCACACCUCACUGUGCUCACAUGCACUGUUUGGUCUCCAUGAACAUUCAGCAAACAUCAGUGAAUGUCAGUGGGUGCCAUUUUUUAUGCAUGGAGGAAUUCAGUGACACACCUUUGAUUCAUACACACCUCCAUGUCAUAUGCCAUUCUGUCAGUGCCCCUCUGCUGUCAUCUGUCACGUGGCAACAAGAUGCAAUGGGGUGCUGGUGGGAAGGUUCAACCUCUAUUGUCAUACCAUCAACAUACAUCUCUGAUGUCAUGGACCAACAUGACAUAGGAGGCAUUACUUUUGGAGCAGCCAUUGUAAGUUAUAUUAUGUACAAAGUCACAUUCUUGUGGCUUGCUAAUGCAAGAUAGACGUAGAUUAGAUGUAAGGAAAAUCUUUUUUUCUCAGAGAAUGGCCAGGCACUGAAUGGCCUGCUGAGGAAGGUGGUGGAGUCGCUGUCCCUGGCAGGCAUCUGGGUGAGGAGCUAUGAGAUAUGAUUUAGUGGCUUGUGGUAGCAAUGGUGAUGGGAGGACGGUUGGACUAGAUGAUCCUGUAGGUCCUUUCCAACCUUGUGAUUCUAUGAUUCUAUAAUUCUAUGAUUCUGUGAUUCUAAGAAGCCUGUUGCUGCAGCUCUCUGCCUUUCUAAAAAACCUCUCACAUUACAGAAGGAUUAAUUCUCACACCAAUUAAAAAGCAAUCACAAAGCAACAGUACUUAUUUAGAAUACAAAACUGUGUUUGUAUAGGCUGAGGUUGUAGGAGGUGGUUCUAUUUUUCAGUAUCCAGAACUGGCAUAAUAAGAAUUCUGAAUGACUAGGAGAAUAAGCUGUUGGUGUAAGAAGUUUUACAGUACAGUUCACUCCUCUAAAUAUAAUUAACCAUAGUUGAUGUACAUACUUUUUAAAAACAAAGAGGAUAUGUAAAAUUGAUGUGGAGUGUAGGUGACUUCAGGACUAGAUUGAAUGAUGUCUUUCAACAUAGGGUAUUUUUCAGAUCCUUUAUCAUAUACAUUUUUAAUGUUUUUUUCAUAUACAUUCAACUUGUUCCUUGCUUCAACAGCAAGAUAACUCCUCUUUAAAGUGUAAUGUGUACAGCUGCUUUCUUUCUUGGACUACAGGAGAAGAGAUCAGGUAGAAAUUCAGUGUGAUCUAUGAGAUGAUUGCCUCUUAGAGAAGGGGAAAAUGACAGUUACCUUCCUGGUAAUGUAUUGCUUCUACCAGACAGAAGUUUCUGUUUUAGAAUGCGUACAGCCAACAGCUGAGUACCACAAACUCUUGGAAAUAUCUCUGUCAAGCUGAUAUAUUUCCAUUCCACUUUUGCAGCCAUAACAGUUCCUAUAAUUACAUGAAUAAGCAAGAGAUCAGGAACAUGGCUGCAGUUCCUAUAUUUUUUUCUUUAAUGCAAUUUAUAUAACUUAUAUAUUUAUAUAAUUUGCUAAACAUAUACACGCAGAAAGUAAAGGAGUAGGAGUACCCGGAAUGGCAAUGCUAUUUAGGAUUAAUUUGUAACAUAUAUCACUUUUCCUGUGUUCUUCCUAGAAAGUGGAGAAUAUUCCAUUACAGAGAGAAUGUGCCCAGUCACACAGUCACCCUAAGCUCAUUCCCAAGCCCCUUAGGCUAACUCACCUUAGAGUAGUAAAGAAUUUGUUUAAAAGCUCAAUCGCCAGUUAGAGGAAUUGUAAACAAAAGCAAUACUGAGAUAAAAAGACAAGUAUCAAGUGACCCAUGCAAAGGGAUUAGGAGGUGGCAGCCCUCCCUGCUGCAGAACUUAAUGUAGCUGAGUUUAAGACACUUGUUAUAAAGAGGCCUCAAGGGACAAAUUAUAAGUGAAAUAACAGCCUUCAUUGUGAAGCACCUUGCUUGUCAAACAUAAGUUAUUUUCACACUAUUUACAUUGGCACCAUUCUGGGAACAGACAGUAACAGCCUUUGCUUUUUAAUAGCUUAGAAAAUGCUUUAUAGAAGUUUACUCUCAUAAUGAAGCUAUUUCCCAUCUCUAGAUUUUUAGGGAUUAGCUUCCUUGUUUUGCUUUGAAUAGAGACCUAGUAAUCCUGUAGAGACAUUUUCUGUGUCCUGACCUUGGGAAAAUCUUUUUUUUUUUUCUUUUCUGAUUACCAAAAUGAGUCUAUCUACUCUCUUUUUACAAUAUUGUAGACAAAAAUGCUUAUAUCUGACUCUUCGCGGCUAUUCCAAUUUUCAACUUUGAUAGCAUAAUAAAUUAAGGCCCAGUCUUCGUCACUCAUAUCACAUCCAUAUAAUUUUCUUGCAUUAUUACAAGAGCCUAAGUUCAUUCUCUUGGAAAGCAUCAGAACAAAUGAGAGUGAGCACAAACUCAUACAGCUGAGACAUUUUCCAAAACAGAUGCUCAGGAAGCCUUGCUGAGUAAACAGUAAAUGUGCAACACCAUAAUGAGGCUGAGAAAGUGAAAGCAUGUGGCUUGUUAAGUAGGAGAUUUUUCUGCUCUUUAGAGCAGCAAAGAGAUUUCUGGAAGAUGCUGUCUGCGGAGAGUAGUGGAUGAAAAUUCAAAAGCUGGAUUAAGAAAAUCUGAGGAUAAAGGAGCAUAAUAUGUUUAUUAAGAAAGAGAAGUUGUGAUCUGUAAUGAGUGAUGUUUUGAGUUUGGCCCUCAGAGCAGAGCCAUCUCCUUGUGAUAUGGAGUUCUCUUGGCUGCCGAGCAGCUUCUGAUUUGUGACAGCAAGGACAGGUGCUACGUGCUCAGUAAAUCAAAGGAUAAAACACUUUUUAACAAUGUUAUAACAGAAUUUUAUCCUGUGCUGUGGCUUACAAAACACACUCUUGGAAAGUUACAAGAAACACCUAAUUCUACUGCACUCACCUCUUUACAAAUCUGCCUUGAUCCCAUGGCUAUUCUCUGAUUUCUCUCUCCAUACGGUGCUGCUGGACUCUGCUAUUAUUAGUGUACGGUUAAGAAGUAAUAUAAGUACUGUAUUUAUUACAUCAAGAGUUCCUAAUAAUUAUUAACAGUUUUGAAAAUAAAUGGUGUCUGCUUAGCUGAACAAGAUAUAACAGAGCUAACAUUUUGUACUCCUAACAAGUUCUGCAUAUAGUAUGGUGUAUAUUUAUUUCACACAAAAUGCUAGGUUGUUAUUUGAAACCCAAACUCAAAAAAAUGGACCGACUUUCUGAAUACUUGGUUUCUGGCAUUCAAUUUCAGUAGUAAAAGCAUAUAUGAUGUAUUGUAUUAACUUAAUUAUAUAUUAGAGAUGCUGCUGUACUUUGUGUUGAAAUGGAUCUGGAGUUCUUGGCACCUUUGCUAUUUUACAUAAUAAACACAUGGGGAUGAUCUGACAAA